CAGCGGCGGCGGCGGCGGCUGCAGGCUCGGAGCCGUAGGAGCCGUAGGAGCCGGAUCGGGGGAGGGGCCGAGCCCGGGAGCCAGCACCCGGCGGCCCUCAGCCCCGCCGGCGGCCCUCAGGGCAAGGUAACGGCCAGUGGGUGCCCGUCGCGACCCCUUCCCGCCCGGAGCUCCAGUCUCCGGGAUCCCAGGCUCCGCCCCGCCGACCCCCUUGUCCUCCGGACCCCGGCCCUAGCCUGACGAGGUCCCCAAUCUCCCGAGGCAUCCUGGCCCCGGAUUCUCCCGGGCCCCAUCCUCCGCUCCUCCUCGCCUACGAAGAAUCCCGUCCGCUUCCCAGCGCUGAAGGCAGCCCCAUCCCAGGGCUGUGGCUCUGCCAAUGAUCCUGUGAGUACUAGGGAAUAACUGUUGCCCCUGGGGGCCCUUGUCCUGGAGUGGCCCACCUGCUUGCCCCCAGCAUGGCAUCUGACACUCCUGAGUCCCUGAUGGCCCUCUGCACCGACUUCUGCCUGCGCAACCUGGAUGGCACCCUGGGCUACCUGCUGGACAAGGAGACUCUUCGGCUACAUCCAGACAUCUUCUUGCCCAGCGAGAUCUGUGACCGGCUGGUCAAUGAGUAUGUGGAGCUGGUCAACGCCGCCUGCAACUUUGAGCCACAUGAGAGCUUCUUCAGCCUCUUCUCGGACCCCCGCAGCACCCGCCUCACCCGCAUCCACCUCCGCGAGGACCUGGUGCAGGACCAGGAUCUGGAAGCCAUUCGCAAGCAGGACCUGGUGGAGCUGUACCUGACCAACUGCGAGAAGCUGUCCGCCAAGAGCCUGCAGACACUGAGGAGCUUCAGCCACACCCUGGUGUCCUUGAGCCUCUUCGGCUGCGCCAACAUUUUCUAUGAGGAGGAGAGCCCGGGGGGCUGUGAAGAUGAGUGCCUCGUCAACCCCACCUGCCAGGUGCUGGUCAAGGACUUCACCUUCGAGGGCUUCAGCCGCCUCCGUUUCCUCAACUUGGGUCGCAUGAUCGAUGGGGUCCCCGUGGAGUCCCUGCUGCGGCCACUGCAUUCGCUGGCUGCUUUGGACUUGUCAGGCAUUCAGACAAGCGAUGCUGCCUUCCUGACCCAGUGGAAGGACAGCCUAGUGUCCCUCGUGCUCUACAACAUGGAUCUGUCGGAUGACCACAUUCGUGUCAUCGUCCAGCUGCACAAGCUGCGACACCUGGACAUCUCCCGAGAUCGCCUCUCCAGCUACUACAAGUUCAAGCUGACUCGGAAGGUGCUGAGCCUCUUUGUGCAGAAGCUGGGGAACCUGAUGUCCCUGGACAUUUCUGGGCACAUGAUCCUGGAGAACUGCAGCAUCUCCAAGAUGGAAGAGGAAGCAGGGCAGACCAGCAUUGAGCCUUCCAAGAGCAGCAUCAUGCCUUUCCGGGCUCUGAAGAGGCCACUGCAGUUCCUCGGGCUCUUCGAGACCUCCUUGUGCCGUCUCACGCACAUUCCAGCUUACAAAGUAAGUGGUGAUAAAAAUGAGGAGCAGGUGCUGAAUGCCAUCGAGGCCUACACAGAGCACCGGCCUGAGAUCACUUCGCGGGCCAUCAACCUGCUUUUUGACAUCGCGCGCAUUGAGCGUUGCAACCAGCUUCUGCGAGCCCUAAAGCUGGUCAUCACAGCCCUCAAGUGCCACAAGUAUGACAAGAAUAUUCAGGUGACAGGCAGCGCCGCCCUCUUCUACCUGACCAAUUCUGAGUACCGCUCAGAGCAGAGCGUCAAGCUGCGUCGGCAGGUCAUCCAAGUGGUGCUGAAUGGCAUGGAAUCCUACCAGGAGGUGACGGUGCAGCGGAACUGCUGCCUGACCCUCUGCAACUUCAGCAUCCCUGAGGAGCUGGAAUUCCAGUACCGUCGGGUCAACGAGCUCUUGCUCAGCAUCCUCAACCCCACGCGGCAGGACGAGUCGAUCCAGCGCAUCGCUGUGCACCUGUGCAACGCUCUGGUCUGCCAGGUGGACAAUGACCACAAGGAGGCCGUGGGCAAGAUGGGCUUUGUCGUGACCAUGCUGAAGCUGAUUCAGAAGAAGCUGCUGGACAAGAUAUGUGACCAGGUGAUGGAGUUCUCCUGGAGUGCCCUAUGGAACAUCACGGAUGAGACGCCCGACAACUGUGAGAUGUUCCUCAACUUCAAUGGCAUGAAGCUCUUCCUGGACUGCCUGAAGGAAUUCCCAGAGAAGCAGGAACUGCAUCGGAAUAUGCUGGGACUCUUGGGGAAUGUGGCAGAGGUGAAGGAGCUGCGGCCUCAGCUAAUGACUUCCCAAUUCAUCAGCGUCUUCAGCAACCUGCUGGAGAGCAAGGCUGACGGGAUUGAGGUUUCCUAUAAUGCCUGCGGCGUUCUCUCCCACAUCAUGUUUGAUGGACCUGAGGCCUGGGGCGUCUGUGAACCCCGACGGGAGGAGGUGGAGGAGCGUAUGUGGGCAGCCAUCCAGAGCUGGGACAUCAACUCACGGAGAAAUAUCAAUUACAGGUCAUUUGAGCCAAUCCUCCGCCUUCUUCCCCAGGGCAUCUCUCCUGUCAGCCAGCACUGGGCAACCUGGGCCCUGUACAACCUCGUGUCUGUCUACCCGGACAAGUACUGCCCCCUGCUGAUCAAAGAAGGUGGGAUGCCCCUUCUGAGGGACUUGAUCAAGAUGGUGACUGCACGGCAGGAGACCAAGGAAAUGGCCCGCAAGGUGAUUGAGCACUGCAGUAACUUUAAAGAGGAGAACAUGGACACGUCCAGAUAGAGACCUCCACCCCGCGGCCGCCACUGCUCUGGACCACAGCUGGGAGGAAGCGACUCAAGCAGCCAGGAGCGGGCGGGCCCCUUCCAGGAACCUCCCACGGGAGGAAGCGACACGGGGACUUUUGCACAACCGACGCUUUUCCUUAACAUUAGUGAGAUAUAUAUAUUAUAUAUAUAUAUUAUUUUUUUUGGUUAGGAAGUGUGAAGUUUUGUGUGUAUGAUUUCUGUACGAAAACAAACAAAACACUCCCUGAGUCCUCUCAGCUUCCAUGGCCAUUCUCAAAGCUAACUCAAAGCCUCCUCUGCUGCCACGCUCACUCCUGCCCCAGCCAGACUAAAUGCCUGUAACAUUGUGUCUGGUCCUUUUCCAGCAAACUCAGACCUGGGCCUGGCUUCCUGCUGUGAGAGGAGCUGGCCCUUAACAGCCUACUCCAGCAUCCCAACCCACCCGCCCACCCUGUCUGGGCUCCUGGGUGCAGCUAAUGGGGUUUGGGGAUUAAAACUAACCCCACUGGGUCUCCCAAAUGCCUUGGUGCUCCCAGCUGUGGGCCCUCUGGGGCAAGAAAGUGAGUAGGCCUAGCUCCAGGCAGCCCCUGUCCCAGCACUCCCUCGAGGAGCAGGCCCCAGUGGCCCUGCUGCUCUCUGGCCAGGCCUGCCUGAGGCCACGCUGCUAUGGAGCUUGCCUCCUAGUCUCCCACCAGGUCCCAGGCUGUUGAAGGCCUCAGCCCAGGGAUGGUCAGAUCGUAGGGACAGAGGCCCCUGGCCCUUCUGUCAGGCACAUCAGAACCUGCUUUGCCAUGGAAGUUGGCACAUUCUGGAGCCAGAGGCUUGCUCCCUCACUCCACAGCCCCUCAUCUGCCCGCCAGCCCCCACGGUGCCCAGGCACUUCCACCAGCAGAACUGAGCCUGCCUCUUUCCUGCACCUGCCCCGCUGCCCAGAGGCCCCCAUCCCUCCCACAGAGGCAGGAGGUCUCACUCCAGCCUUUCACUCAUGGCAGCAACAGGCAGCCACCUCUAGACCAGCACUUGGACCACCUUGCAGUGGCCCUCGGUCCUCCCUGGCCCCUCCUGCCCUGCCCCAGCCUUUACCUUGGAAAUCUCUGUGCUGCAUUUCAGAGAAGUGUGAGAGGCAGCUGUAUCUCUAAAUACCUUGUGCUCCUCGCUUGAUGUAGCUCUGAAUUGCUUCUCAUCACACGGGUGCGAGAGCCGAGGCCUGGGGAGCAGAGCUGCCCAUGGAGGCAGCCUGUGGGGGAAGGCGCUGUCUUCCCUUUUUCUUCUCUAGGCCUGUUUUUGGGUUCUCCUAGCAUUUCUGUCUCCAGGGGACAGGCAACUGACCUUUUUCUCCUGGAGCUGCUCCCUGCCAGCCUGGGAAGGGAACAGCAGCCCUGUGUCCCCCAGCUUGGCAGAUGAGCUCCAUCUGCCCUUCCCUUCCAUCCCACGCCCCUCCCUUCCAUCCCACGCUUGUCAGGCCGCAGCCAGACCCUGGGCAGCGCUCACAUGGCAUUGCUUACUGCCUGGGGCCCAGGGAAAUGUCUGUACUUUGGGAUGUCACAGAAAUACAUUUUUGUGCAAAGUGGAGAACAGAGAGUCUUUUUUGAAGAGGGUGUGGGGGUUGCUAGCCUGGCGUCCAGGUUAGGAGAGGGGCUUGGCUGCCCCAGCAGGGUCCCGUGAUGUGGGAAGUUCUGUGGUGGGGAGGGGUGCAUAUGGGGCUUUUGUGAGUUUGGCCCAUGGGGCAAUGGACUGCAGGCAGGGGACAGGUGGAGAUUUAGCUGGAAUACCUGUUUCCUCUGCAUUCUCCUCACACCCCUGUGCCUAGACAUGAGGACACCACUGGCAACCAGAUCAACAGGGCACCUGCCCAGGACAGCUCAGUCUGAUGGGAAAGACAGAUGGUGAACAUGAGAUCACCACCCAGUGUGCAACCCCCCAGAGAAGGCGCCUCCUGCAGGCCGGUGGAGUGGGUGGGGUGUCGGGAAGACUGCAGGAAGCUGGGGCACCGGUGCUUCAGCGAGGGAGCAGAGAGCCAGCCCGGUGUUCCAGCAAGUCUGGGGAGGCUUCUCACAAGAGGAGACAUCUGAGCUGAACCCCGCAGAAAGGCAGAGACUGCCGGGCCUGGCCCAAGGGGCCAUCCUAGACAGAGGUCCUGUUGGGGGAUAGGGAUGCAGCCCUGUGUGGCUGCAACAGCAUAAAGGAACAAAGUUGUGAGCAGCGGGGGAAGAAGUAGCUGGGGCCACACAGUGAGGUGGCCAGACUCCAGCUUGGCCCAAGACAGCCCUGGCUUAGCCCCGUGGU